AUGAAAAAAAAGGGGAAUAGCACGGAUUUUGAAGGUAUUAAAGAUGAAGUGGUUUUAGCGAGACACAAAAAUAGUUUGAUAGGAUUAUCUACCAUGAUUUCAGGUUUGAGAAAACUUACGAUUGCUUUGACUGUAGUCAUCACGAUUUUUGGUGUAUAUUUUAUGUUCAAUGGAGCUGAUUUUUAUAAUCAUUUUCAUCAUCUACCAGAGAAGAAAGCUGAACAGACCGUUGUCCAUUAUAAAAUCAAACCACGGAAACGCAUAGUUUAUAAUUCUCCUAAACCAAAUGGAUGUCGACUUCAGGUCAAUAGAAUUCACUGUUUACAAAAUCUCCAGAAUCAAAUUGGAUUCAAACAGUGUAGAAAUCCAGCAUGUUCUUGUUUUCCGCUGGAAAUCUUUGAAAAACAAACACCAUCCACUCUAUUGGGAACAUUUCCUCCCAUAACAGAACCUAUGUUACCCAUCGAAAAGGAACUUCAAGACGUUGAGCCUCUGAUGGAUAUAGAAGAAACGUCGAGUGCCACUCUUUCAAAUUUGGUUCUAUUAGAUUCUUCCAAAAUCGUUAAUGUCGGUGAUAUCAUCAACGUUAGAGUCGACGCGAAGGACGGAGCGAGACGACAGCGGACCGUCGGUGCCGAUUUCGUUCAAGUAUGGAUGCGAUCUGUUAAUGGGCCAAAGCAAGCAAGUAGUGCGGAAGUAGUCGACCUGAAAAACGGAAGUUACAUAGCUACAUUAAGAGCAUUAUGGGAAGGAGAUUCUAUAAUCGUAGGAGCCUUGCCUUUUACAAGGGAGGAAAACGCUUUCUAUAUUCAAAUGGGACGAGAAUACAGAUCUUUCAAUUUUUAUGUUGGACAAUUUAGGAAAGAGGAACUGGAGGAAUUUACUCUCUGUUCUGUGUUCUCUGUUAUCCCUGGAUAUAAUCUCCCCUGUAAUUUCACAGAAAUUAAUUAUGGUUUCGAAUGGUAUUGUGGAAAACCGGUCAAUGUAAACCUGACGUGUAAUGAUUUUGUUUUCGCUAAAGACUACGAUUUCGUUAAUAUUCCACUCACUUUAGCUCUGUACAACACUUUUGUCAGAUCUAACAGAAAGAUCAUGAUUCCAUCACGGAUCAAGUUAAAAAUAGAGUCAGGUCGUACAUCCCAGCCUCAAACAAACAGGAUUGACUGUACCGAGUUACCCCGUCGUGAGACCUGGAAUAUGAUACAACCCACUGGAUAUUUCAACGGAAAUAAGUGGGAAAAUAUAAAAUGCCACAAUCCUGUGAACAAAUUGAACUUUUUAUCAUGUUUUAAAGACACAACAUUGAUAGUGUUUGGAGAUUCGACCAUUCGUCAGUAUUUCAGUUAUAUACGAAGUGCAUUUAAUUGUUACCAAACCACACCAACUUGGACAAAACUAGAAUGGCACCAGGUAUCCCAUUGUCACGUUCCUCAGUACAAUUUUAGCCUGACAUGGGCAGUUCAAGAACUUCCCUUUACGGAGAGUUUUAAAGCGUCAGAUGGGAAAAUAAACUUGAAACCUGCAGCUGUUUUAUUAAACGAGAUACCGAGCUCCGGGCGCAUUGUUUUCCUGAUUCAUUAUUACGUUCAUUUUAUAAGACAACAUUAUUCAUUAUUUAUUGACAGGAUUCGAUCUCUAAAAACUCCAAUCCGAAAUGCCUUAAAGAGAAAUAAGGAAAUACAUAUAGCAAUCAAAUCACCUCACGUAUUUUAUGUGUCUAUCUGCCCAACGCAGUUCAGUAUAUUUCAAGGUAAACUUUAUAUGGAUAUAUUAAAAAGAGAACUGGCCGAAUUUCAUGAUAAAGUGUGGUUUUUAAACAUCUGGGACAUGAGUACAGCGUCCGAAAAUUACGACAUUCACCCGCCCGCAGAAUUUGUGUGGGAAAAUUUGCGGUUAUUGGCAGGUCAUGUGUGUAAUAAAUGA